CAGAACCAUCCAGAAUAAAACAUGAAGAUACUGAGGAACAAAUAGACCAGAUGGAAGUGAAGAAGCAAAGACACAAACUAAAUGAUGUAAAGAAACACUGUGACUUCACAACUCAAGGAACAAAAGACAAAAAGCUGCACACCUGCUCACAGUGUGGAAAGAGUUUCCAACAUAAAGGAAUCCUCAACAAACACAUAAGAAUUCACACUGGAGAGAAACCGUUUACAUGCAAUCUGUGUGGAAAGAGUUAUACUGGUGAAUCAGGUCUCAGAAAUCAUCUGCUCCGUCACUCUGGAGAAAAACUGUUUAAGUGUGAUCAGUGUGGUAAAGAUUUUUUUUUGUCAUCAGAUCUAAAACAACACCUGAAAGUUCAUUCAGAUGAGAGGCCUUAUGUGUGUUCUGUCUGUGGAAAGAGUUUUUCAAGGAUGAACAGUUUUAAACUGCACCAGAAAACACAUGAUGAAGUGAAAGAUCAUGUGUGCUUUAAAUGUGGGAAGAGCUUUAUUACAGCUGGCGAUCUGAAACGGCACCAAAGAAUUCAUUCUGGAGAAAGACCUUACAAGUGCUCAUAUUGUGACAAGAGUUUCACACAGUGUGGAAACCUGAAAAAGCAUGAGCAAGUUCAUACUGGAGAGAAGCCGUACCACUGUACUUGGUGUGAGAAGAGUUUUAAUGAUGCAAAAGGCUUAAAAAAUCAUCUGUUUAUUCAUUCUGGAGAAAAGCCAUUUAACUGUGAUCAGUGUGGUAAAAAAUUUAAUUCAUCGUCACAUCUAAAGCAACACCUGAAAGUUCAUUCAGAUGAGAGGCCUUAUGUGUGUUCACUCUGUGGAAAGAGUUAUUCCAGGCUGGAACAUUGUAAACUGCACCAGAAAACACAUAAUGAAGUGAAAGAUCAUGUGUGCUUUGACUGUGGAAAGAGCUUUACAACAGCUGGUGAACUGAAACAGCACCAAAGAAUUCAUACUGGAGAAAAACCUUACAAGUGCUCAUAUUGUGACAAGAGUUUCACUCAGUCUGGAAACAUGAAAGAACAUGAGAGACUUCAUACUGGAGAAAGACCUUACAAGUGCUCAUAUUGUGAGAAGAGUUUCAGUCAGUCAGGAUCUCUGAAAUCACACAAGCGAGUUCAUACUGGAGAGAAGCCAUACCACUGUACUCAGUGUGGGAAGAGUUUCAAGCAUUCAUCAAGCCUUCACACUCAUAUGAAAAAAUGUUGCAAGUGAGCAACAUUAGUUUUUAUUUCAAAUACAUUCAAGUAAAUUCUCUGAGAUAAAAUAUGCACUUUAUACUAAAAGCACAGUAUCAUCUAAUUUUGUGAAUUUGGUCAAAAGCUCAGAAAGGCUUCACCAGUCAACAACUCUUACAGUGUAAAUAAAGUCAUUGUAAGUUUUUAUCUGUCUGCAGGGAUUGUGUGCUAAGCAGGUCUUACUUGAAUUAGAUAUAUUCAAUUCAUUUACUUAGUAAAUAAGUGUAUUAUAUUGUGUUCUGAUGCAGUACAUGCAAUUAUGAGAAAUAGAAACUAUUAACUGUAAGAAAAAAUGAUGAGGACGAUGAAGAAGUUUAUUGCAGCAUAGCGGUGACAAAGUACACGAAGCACCUUGGGUUCACCGGCGUCAGAAUGAACUCAGAACAUCCAAAUCUCAAACCUUUUAUCCUGUUACAGUUUACCACUCUUCAUGUAAAUGUAGUUUCUCAUGUUUUACCAGCUGUGGUCUGUAUAUUAAUAAGUUGUGACACCUCAUUGUCUGAGAUGGUUCCCUGUGUUCCACACCCAUUCCCAUUCUACAAUUGAUUACCAUUUGCUCAGGAUUUGAUCAACCCAAAUAGUACAUGAACAGUAUACCAGUUGACUUUCUUUUUCUCUAUGAUAAAUAAGCCAUUUUGGGGAUGAGCUCAUUCUAAAAUAUACUUUGGAGUGGAAUCUGGGUCGAGGCAGACUACAAAUUCUUACAUAACUAUUUAAUGAACACAGAGAAUUAAUUAUAUAGUUUUAAUCACAUUAAUGCAUUUAAUCAUUCUAUUUUAAUACUGUGUUAAAUGUGUUUGGAAUGUACAGUAUAAUUGUCAACUAAAUGAUCAGGUCUCCUAUCAUAAAAGAGGUUGGAGUUCAUUUUUAUCUUUUAUUUUCUGCUUAGAAACAAUAAAGUUCCAAAGCUUCAGUUCACCAGAUUUGGUGGAGAGAAUCUGUAAAAUACUGAAUAAUAAACAGACUAUAAAUCAUUAGCGUUACUUAGAGUUGAUUUUAAAGAUUCCAGUAGCAGUGAUAGUGUAUUUACCUUGUAACGGUGCUGAGAUGUGGUUUACGUAGGAAUUUGCGGUCCCUUUAAGAAGCUCGACACCGUGCGCACUGAGGAUGCGCAGAAGAGAGAAGCGCAAGAGACAAAACAAGUGGUGAAAAUUUCACCAUUUGAAGCUGAGCGUUUCCAAUUUGGGGAUUUUUUUCAUAGAUUUUUCGGAUCAAUUUGGGGCAGUUUGUCCUGUACAGUGUGGAGACGGUGUGAACACUAACAGCAAGUAGCAGAGAAGCUUAUUUGUGUGUGAUAAGCAUAUUUGUUUUCCUUAGCGACGGAAUGUAUCUUGCGCCGUAAAGCCGCGUUUUAUUUGAUUUUAUUUUUUUGUUUGUUUGUUUGUUUGUUUUAACACGUCGAGCUCAAGUUAGAUUGUUAAACACAACAAGCUCUCCAAAUAUAUGGCUGAAUAGGGAAAACGUUACCAGUGGUUUCUCAUGAUGGACUGUCUAAUGAAUGAGGAAAAAACUAG